CUCCCCCAGCGCGUAUGCUCGGCGGUCCGGUCAGCUAGAGCGUCCCUCCUACUGGGCGCCGCGUGUGACCUUCUCGGUUGCGGAGCGAUGCUGCCGGCGGCCGCAAGCCUCCUAUGGGGGCCGCGUCUUAGGCUUCGAGCCGCCGCCCUCCGCCUCGCCAGGCAACAGGUACCUCGCGUCUGCUCCGUGCGCCUGAUGAGAUGCAGCAGCCAUCGAGGGGGGGAGGCCCUUGCUGGUGCCCCCCUGGAUGACACCCCCAAGGAGUACCCCCCCAAGAUCCAGCAGCUGGUCCAGGACAUUGCCAGCCUCACGCUGCUGGAGAUCUCAGACCUCAACGAGCUCCUGAAGAAAACGUUGAAGAUCCAGGAUGUGGGGUUCAUGCCGAUGGGUGGCAUGGUGCCUGGUGCUGCCCCUGCCGCAGCAGCCCCCGAGGCAGCAGAAGAAGACAUCCCCAAACAAAAAGAACGGACGCAUUUCACCGUCCGCCUGACAGAGGCAAAACCCGUGGACAAGGUGAAGCUGAUCAAGGAAAUCAAGAACUUCGUCCAGGGCAUCAACCUCGUCCAGGCAAAGAAGCUGGUGGAAUCCCUGCCUCAGGAAAUCAAAGCCAACGUGGCCAAGGCCGAGGCCGAGAAGAUCAAGGCGGCCCUAGAGGCAGUGGGCGGCACCGUGGUUCUGGAGUAGCCGCCCAGAGGACUGUGGACAGGGGUCCCGGGCCCCGAGGGGGGCUCUACCUGCUCCUCGCGAAGCACCCAGGCUCAGCGGACAGAGUG